AUGUCUUCCGAACGUCCGCCGGCCAACGUCAAAAAGAGGACCAAAUGCGGACGUCCUCAGAACGUCCGUCAGCGAACGUUACAAAGCGGACCAAAACCGGACGUCCUCAAAACGAAGAACGUUCUUUCCAAAAUAAGAAAGGAUUGUCAGAAAAACUUGAAAGAACUGGGAGACCCCAAAGUUUUCUUGAUUUCAUCUUUUGAAUUGGAGAACUAUGAUUUUGAAAUAUUUCAAAACACUCUGGAAGAAGAGCUUCCAGAACACAAGAGAUCUGCUCUUCUACAAGCCUGGCCAGUGUGCUCUGCUGAAUCUCUCGAGAAGAAGAUCAAGAUGUUUAAAGGGAUGAUCUGGGCUGCAUCUCUCGCCUCUGCUGGUAUAGCAGUCGUCCCUGUGCCUGGACUAUCAGUAGCAUGUGAUGCAGGCAUUGUGUUGCUUUUCUUCACAAGAUGCUACUAUGCAUUUGGUUUGGAUGAAAGAUCACUGACAAGGCUUUCAGAAAAAGUGAACAAGCCCUUGCUGGAACAUGUGGCCAAAUCAAAGUUGGCAUCUGCCAUCCAAGAAAAAGCAGUGGCCAGAUUACAAGUCUCUGUUGCACUUGCAUCCCUUGCUACCCUUGAGUAUGUUGCAAGUCUCCUUCCAGGUGUAGGAAGUGUUGCUGCUGCAGGAAUAUCCUUCGGUACUACUUAUUACCUCUUGAGAGAAGGAUUAAAUGAACUGGCAGACAUUGCUCGAAAAAUCAGAAAAGAGGCUGAGCUGGACACACUAUGCAGUAAUUCGUAG